UUAAAGUUUGUCAGGAUGGGUCUUUUGCAAUGUGUGUUAGUGCUGGUUGUGCUUGUGGUGUUUGAUCUGAGGACUGCUUUUGGAAGUUUGAGAUCCAGUCAAAGUCCAAAAAGCAAGAAGCUUCUAUCAUAUCCAGCUAUCAGAGUGCCUGCUGUUUCUUCUGAAGGGCUCUGGAAGACGUUGCAGAAGGCUUCUCCGUUCCAAGAGCCUCUUGGUGUUCAGGAGAAACAGGUGUUGCAGGGUCCAGUGAAGCCUUUAGACUGGAGGUUUCCCAUUGUUCCAGAGGUGCCGAGCAAGAUGGCAGUGGACUUCCAUUUGAGGCAACCUGUGACUCCCAGUAGUGUAGCUAUUCAAUGCGGUGAGAACCGGAUUCAUGUGGAGGUACAACAGGACUUGUUCAGCAAUGGUCAACUGAUCCAGCCAUCUGGUCUGACUUUGGGAAGAUGUCCUGUUGUCGGUUUGGUCCCAGGCUCUAAGGUGCUCUUCUUUGAGAAUGAACUGCAGGACUGCAACAGUGUGUUGAUGAUGACCCAGGAUGAGCUUGUCUACACCUUUGCUCUUACCUACACUCCUGAGGCAUUUGCUGGCACUCCGAUUAUCCGUUCAGAUGGUGCAGUCAUUGGUGUUCAAUGCCAUUAUCAAAGGUUUCAUAAUGUCAGCAGUAAUGCCUUGAAGCCAACUUGGGUCCCUUAUGCCUCAACAGCGGUUGGUGAAGAAGUCUUGCUGUUCUCCCUGAAGCUCAUGAUGGAUGACUGGUCCUAUGAGAGGCCUUCAAACUCUUACUUCCUGGGUGACAUUAUUAAUAUUGAGGCAUCUGUGAAGGUGUACAACCACGUCCCUCUGCGUGUGUUUGUGGACCGCUGUGUGGCCACCCAAGUACCUGAUGUGAACGCCCUUCCGAGAUAUUUGUUCAUUGAGAAUCAUGGAUGUCUUGUGGAUGCCAAGGUCACUGCUUCCAGCUCACGCUUCAUGCCUCGAUCCCAGGAAGACAAAAUCUGGUUCCAGCUGGAGGCCUUCAUGUUCCACGGGGGAUCCAGUCCUUCUGUAUGUAUUGAGUGUUUGGAAAAUGAUCGCUCCCAUUUGCUCUGGUUUGUGACUCCUUACCAGUGGUGUCUCUUGCAGAUCUACAUAACGUGUGUCCUGAAGGCCACUCUUGCUUCUGCACCUAGUGAUGUGCUCCACAAAUCCUGUUCCUUUGCCAAUGGGUGGCUUGCUGCUGAUGGGAACCACCAGGUUUGCGGUUGCUGUGACUCCACAUGUGGUCUUGAUGGUGGAAUUGCUGCUUCUCCUUCUGGAGGUGUUCAGUGGGAAGGGAAGGCCUCACUCGGUCCUGUAGUGGUUCAAGAGCACAAGAAGACUUUAGCUGAAAUUCAAAGCUGUACUUAUUUGCAACGACGAGCACUGUUUGGUAUCGUGUUAAAGUUUGUCAGGAUGGGUCUUUUGCAAUGUGUGUUAGUGCUGGUUGUGCUUGUGGUGUUUGAUCUGAAGACUGCUUUUGGAAGUUUGAGAUCCAGUCAAAGUCCAAAAAGCAAGAAGCUUCUAUCAUAUCCAGCUAUCAGAGUGCCUGCUGUUUCUUCUGAAGGGCUCUGGAAGACGUUGCAGAAGGCUUCUCCGUUCCAAGAGCCUCUUGGUGUUCAGGAGAAACAGGUGUUGCAGGGUCCAGUGAAGCCUUUAGACUGGAGGUUUCCCAUUGUUCCAGAGGUGCCGAGCAAGAUGGCAGUGGACUUCCAUUUGAGGCAACCUGUGACUCCCAGUAGUGUAGCUAUUCAAUGCGGUGAGAACCGGAUUCAUGUGGAGGUACAACAGGACUUGUUCAGCAAUGGUCAACUGAUCCAGCCAUCUGGUCUGACUUUGGGAAGAUGUCCUGUUGUCGGUUUGGUCCCAGGCUCUAAGGUGCUCUUCUUUGAGAAUGAACUGCAGGACUGCAACAGUGUGUUGAUGAUGACCCAGGAUGAGCUUGUCUACACCUUUGCUCUUACCUACACUCCUGAGGCAUUUGCUGGCACUCCGAUUAUCCGUUCAGAUGGUGCAGUCAUUGGUGUUCAAUGCCAUUAUCAAAGGUUUCAUAAUGUCAGCAGUAAUGCCUUGAAGCCAACUUGGGUCCCUUAUGCCUCAACAGCGGUUGGUGAAGAAGUCUUGCUGUUCUCCCUGAAGCUCAUGAUGGAUGACUGGUCCUAUGAGAGGCCUUCAAACUCUUACUUCCUGGGUGACAUUAUUAAUAUUGAGGCAUCUGUGAAGGUAUACAACCACGUCCCUCUGCGUGUGUUUGUGGACCGCUGUGUGGCCACCCAAGUACCUGAUGUGAACGCCCUUCCGAGAUAUUUGUUCAUUGAGAAUCAUGGAUGUCUUGUGGAUGCCAAGGUCACUGCUUCCAGCUCACGCUUCAUGCCUCGAUCCCAGGAAGACAAAAUCCGGUUCCAGCUGGAGGCCUUCAUGUUCCAGGGGGGAUCCAGUCCUUCUAUCUACAUAACGUGUGUCCUGAAGGCCACUCUUGCUUCUGCACCUAGUGAUGUGCUCCACAAAUCCUGUUCCUUUGCCAAUGGGUGGCUUGCUGCUGAUGGGAACCACCACCAGGUUUUCGGUUGCUGUGACUCCACAUGUGGUCUUGAUGGUGGAAUUGCUGCUUCUCCUUCUGGAGGUGUUCAGUGGGAAGGGAAGGCCUCACUCGGUCCUGUAGUGGUUCAAGAGCACAAGAAGACUUUAGCUGGUUCUCAAUAAAUGUGGGGGGCAAACUUA